CCCGCCUUCGUCCCGCUGUUGUUCCGUUUGACCGUGCCAGACAUUUUUAAUAGCCGAACUAUCUCCUUUCAUCGUCUUUGCUCCUAAUGGCGGUAGAGAGUCCAGAGGAAUCAACCGCCCUCAGCGGUGGGAGCGACAUCCCACCGAGUGAGACAAACGAGCUUGAAUGUGAGAAAAAAGAAAAUGGCUCUACGGAGCCGGAAACAGAACAGCAAGCAGUCAGCAUAGUGGAGCCGAAAAUGGAAGAUGGGGACGUGGAGGCCGAUGAGGAGAAACCCGCGGCGAUAGACGCUGCGGAGGCGGGGAAGGAGGACUCAGCGACAACCCGGGAAGCAGUGACUGUUCCCGAGGAGCCGGAGGAGAGACCCCCGUCCCUGCCAAGUCUGGGAGGAAACAAUGGAGAGGACGGUAGAAUCACCAUGAAGGAGCUGAAGGAGGAGCUAGACGAUGAUAGCCGCUCCUCAGGAAUAAGCUGCGAUAAAAGCACCUCUGCUAGCGAGGAUGGAGAGAAGAGCAGCAGCGGCGGUGAGCUGGGAGACAAGAGGCGCUCCAGCAUGGAGGUCUCCUCCUCUGAUGGAGAACCGAGCUCAGAGGACAGUGUCUGCAGCACCACCACAGAAAUGGAGAGCAUAGGUUCCAGUGGGCGUUCCACUCCUGCACUGUUGAACGGGCAGAGCAGCGCCAGGUCUUCAGCGACUAAGACUAUGUCGUACAACUGCUGCUGGGACCGCUGUCCACAGUGCUUCAACUCCAGCCCUGACCUGGCUGAGCAUAUCAGGGGUAUUCAUGUGGACGGCCAGAGAGGAGGGGUUGGUCUGCUUACUUGGUUCUCUUUAGGUUUUAUUGUCCAAACACAGAGCAGAACAAUGCUGAAGAUUUAUGAGCAGAAUUUCUGUUCUGCUUAUGAGAAUGUUUUUUUCCCCCCUGUUGCUUCUUAUUUGUUUCAGUGUGUAGUUGGCGGCUGCAACGCCAGCUUUGCUUCUCAGGGAGGGUUGGCCCGUCAUGUCCCCAGUCAUUUCAGCCAUCAGAGCUCGUCCAAAAUGUCCAGCCAGGCCAGGCUAAAGGAGGACUCUCCAUCUAAGGCAGGACUCAACAAAAGGAAGAAACUCAAAAACAAACGGAGGUGGUCCCUGCCAAGGCCCCAUGAUUUCUUUGAUGUCCAAACCAUGGAUGCGUUGCGUCACAGAGCCAUCUGCCUCAACCUCACCACCCACAUCGAAAGCGGCGGCAACGGCCACAGCGUCGUCUUUCACAGUACAGUCCUAGCCAAGAGGAAAGAGGGGACUGGCAAGGUGAAAGUACUGCUACACUGGACACCUGAAGACAUUUUGCCAGACGUGUGGGUGAAUGAAACGGAGCGAUCUCAGCUGAAAACAAAAGUAGUGCACUUAUCGCAAUUACCGCAGGACACAGCAAUGAUGCUAGACCCCAACAUCUACCGAGCUCUUCCUCAGAAGCGACUGAAGCGCAGCCUGUAAGACCUUCUCUGCAGAGUCUGUACUUGAGGGAAAAUCGCCACUGAUUGGAGGUUGAUCCGUUCAGGACGGGGGGGCUCUUCUUCAGACUCUGCUCAGUGUUUUAAAUGGCAACAAAAAACACAAAUGGGAACUGGCUACUUUUGUUCACUGCUCAGUUUUUGUAUGUCUGAAAUUUUCUUUUUCUUAUUGAAAAACUUAAAUUAAGCUGUUUUUUUUUUUCUCUUUUUAAAAAAAGCUUAAAACCCAAAUUAUCUGGAAAAAAAAAUCUGUUUUUUUUAUUUUGUUUUGUUUUUUUUUUUUGCAUAUAGCUAACAGUUGUGUAAAAUAUUGAACCAGAUUUCUAACUUAUUUUUAUACCAUAUAAUGCUGAUGUGAUGUGGAUUUCUGUGAUAGUUUGGAGUAAAACUGUAUUCGUUCUCAACAUGGGUGUUUUUGAACAUCACUAACUGUAAUAAUGCAUGUGACAUGGAACCUUAACCAGUGAUCGUUUUUAUACCUCCUAAAUUCAGUACUGUUACCGGUGUGUACGCCUUUUCCUUAAACACUGUUCAAACCAACACUUGAGCAAUAAUUUAUUGGAACAUUUUCUUCUAUUUUUGCCAGAAAACUACGGAAGAGGAUUAGGGCCAGUGGGAAA